AUAGGAGGCGGAGAGCAGAGGCGACGUUCGAGUCUGAUUUCCCCCUCCUCUCCUUUCCCCAUUGACUUAGUGCUGCUGCCGCAGUCGCGUCUCCACGUGCCCUUGCCCGGGCUCCGGCGGGGACUGCAGCUGCAGGCAGACGCGGAGUCGGGGGCCGGGAUUUUUGCCAGGGGGUGGCUCCAGGCUGGGCUAGCAGGCCGAGGCGGGGAGGGGGACGCAACGUGCGAAAUCUCGACUGGAGGCGGCAGCCACAGAUCAGGCGAGUCCGUCCCGUCUGUGCGUCCGCCUGCCUGCGCCAUGGAACCUGAGCCUGUGGAAGAAUGUGUCCAGAGCACACUGGCUGCCUUGUACCCUCCUUUCGAAGCCACGGCCCCCACUCUUCUGAGCCAGGUCUUCGAAGUGCUGGAACGGACGUACCAACACGAUGCACUGCGCUACACCCUUGACUUCCUUGUUCCUGCCAAGCACAUCUUGGCUCGCAUCCAGAGUGAAGCCUGUGCUCAGUAUAGUGGCUUUGUCUUUUGUCAUGAAGGUUGGCCCCUGUGCCUUCAUGAAAAAGUCCUUGUCCAGCUGGGCUCCUUGCCGUGGCAACGCCUGUGUCCCGGGGAUUUCUACUUGCAAGUGGUACCUCACCGUGAAUGUGCUCCCCGCCUAGUCCUGAAAUGCCUCUCGCUGGAGAGCCGAGGAGUGCAGGAGUUGCCUGUGUCUCCAGACUCCUAUCGAUUCCUGUUCACCAUUGAAUGGCUCAAUGGCAUCAACAAAGAACGUCGGGUAGGGCGUCUGGAACGCUGCUUGCUGGCAGCUGGAGAAAAAGUGCUGAGCUUGCCCUGGACUGAGCUUGUGUAUCCUCAGUUUGUGCACAAAGAUGGAUUUAUUGUGGGGCAGCAUUGCCCUACGGAUUUGACUCCCGAGGUCCUGGGAGCAAGGAGUCCGGGUGACGGACGUCAUUCUGGUGGAGAGAACCGGGAAUCUGAGGGGGAGUACGUUCACCUCUUAGAGGUCAGCCCCACCUUGCAUCAACCACCCAGAAUCCCACAACCUUGCAGUGCCCAGAUUCAGACAAUGCCUGCUCGCAAGGGACAUAGCAAAAAUAGGAGUCGGCGCCACAGGGCCUGGCUCCAUCAUAAGUCAGGCUGUGGGGAGAACUUUGCUUUGCGACAGGCUUGCAAAACUGAGGAGGCAGAGAAGUCUAGUCAAGAGAAGGGAGUCCAAGAUGAGAAGGUAGCUCAGCUGAGACCAAACCCUAGCCCAGCUUUGGGCCCAGCCUUAGACACUCCUGGAGUAGUUGGGAACUUGAAUCCUAAACAACUGGAGGAAAACCUAGAUCCUAUUGAAACAAAACCACCACCCAUUUUGAGUGGUAGUGAUGAUGUUGUUGAAGACACAGUUCUGGGGAAAGAAGACUUGCUUGACUCCAUUCACCGAGAUCCAACUCCUCCUAAGGAGGACAGCAAGGAAAGCCAUUCUCCAGCUUUAGCAACUCCAAAACGUACCACCAAGGGAAACCGGAGAAAAAAGAAAGGUGCUGGGAGAGGAGCUGAUGGUUGGAUUAAACAGGGGACAGAUUCUGUGAACCAAGAAACAGGAAGUUCUGAUCUUAAAAUGGGUGCUGAAAAGGAGGAGGCCUGCACUGGUCCAGGAGAACAGAAUUUUGGGACCGGAAGCGUUCAUGUUAGUACCAGACAGCCAGGCAGCAUCAAUGUUUCAUGUGUUGAUACCACAGAUUGCGAUGACACCCAAGAUAAAGGUAUAAUCAAAAGAAACCAAAGCCUUGAAACUGGAGGGGAGGAAGCCAACAAUAAGGACCUGGUUGUCAGCACUGGAGACUGUACUGCAGGUGCUACAGAGCCAGAAGACAGCACAGGAAAAUGUAGCAUUGGUGACAAUGAAGGCAGCUCUGGAGAAGGAAGCAUGGAAGGCCCAAAACUUAACACUGAAGAGCCAAAUGCUAAACCCAAGACUAGUGAACCAAGAACUGGUACUGAGGAGGUGGGUGUCCAAGAAAAAGAAGUGGACAGUUCUGAAGACCAAUGUAUGGUGGAACAGGGUCUUGACAUCAAAGAACCAGUACUUACUGACUUGCCAAGGAAGAGUGAACUAGCAAGUGUUGAUGGGAGAGAAGAAGCCGUGUGCAUAGCAGCUGAUCAGGGUCCUAGGGAAAUACAAAAUUCCCUUUUACCCAAGAUGGCUCGUCUUGGGGAAUCUGUAAACUGGAAUCUUCUUCUAUCAGGAGUUUUUGCUUUGACAGGAGGAAUAGACAAGACUGGCCAUUCCUUGCUGACCAUAGUGCCCCAGCCUCUUCAGGAUGAGUUGCCUCCAGGACAAGAGGAUCUGGUUAAUACCUUAAGAUAUAUGCACUCACUUCUCAGGCAAGAGCUAAAGAUUCUUGGGCUGACAGUGCUAUUGGACCUAAGCCAUGUGGAUGACUGGGCCUUCCAGGCCCCCGUAUUGCUGCCAGCUUUAAGAGCAUUCCAGGAGACCACGCCACCUCCCAUCUGUCAGCUGCUGGUGGUCUUACCUUCUGAUAAUCGUUUUGUACCCCAUGAAGAGGAAUUGAUCUUAGAACCUGCUGUGGAAAUCCGGCUUCUUUUGCUGCAUGAACUUCCACAUUAUGCGGCUUUGGAUCAGUUGACCCCAGCACUAGGUGGGACUCUGAGCUAUGCGCCACCCAAAUGGGUUAGAGAACAUCAGGCUCUUGAACAACUACAAGAUCUCUGCUGUAGUGUUCUCCAGACUGUGUGUGAAGCCAGUGACCACCUCAAGGCAGUGGGAACAGCUUCAAGUCAGGAGGAACUGUCAACUCAAAUCACCUUGCACCAGGAAACUAUGCAGAAAUUGCUUUCAGAGCCUCGUUUACUGGAACUCCAGUGCCGUGGAGGCUCCUUGCUGGCACGGCUACCUCCGUUGGGACCCUGCAGUACGCAAGCUGUGGAUGCCACAAGACUCUAUCAAGAGGUGGAUGAAGCCCUUCAUGGACUUGUCCAACUCAGCAACCGGUGUCUUGAGAUAUUGCAGCAAGAGAAGAAAAACAUACAGGUUAAGCAAGAAGGCAAAACAUGCCUUCAGUCUGGUGACAACAGUGUAGCAAAGAAAAGAAAGGACGAGAGACCAACUGAAGGGCUAGCUGAAAGAACAUCCUUGGAGAAGAAACUGUUACAAAACCCCAGAUCUUCAGGGAAGUCACAGGUCACACUCGAAGACAGUUCUGUUCCUCGAGCCCGCGCAUGCAGCAUCAGUGCUUCUUCCUCACCUAAGCAUGGCUUGGUGCUUGGAUCCAAGUUUGGUUCCUCUUGCAGUUUAACUUCUCUCUUUCAGCCACUUACCAGCCCCAAGGCCUCCCCGUGUUGUUCUCCUGCCCGAAGCAAUGCUCUAGAUGGCAGAAAGAAGAGCCAGAGGCCUCUUAACACUUCCAAAACACCUACAUCUCCAGCUAAUAACCUGGCAUUACGAGCCUUGAGUGAUCCUGGUCGCCCUAGUGUGCAUAUACGUGGUCUGGAAGUAAGCAGUCGGGAACUGGCAGACAGGAGCUGUUCUCCCCGUGAACAUGUGCUGUUGGGACGCAGCAGAACUCAUGUUGCUGAAGCACCCUGGGGGGCCACACCUCGCAUGGAAAGAAGGCGUUGCCUUGGGGUCCAACAGCAGCUUUUGGUUGAGCUGCUAGAGUGCGAGCGGGAGUACGUGGGUGCCCUUACCCAGCCCUUCUCUCUAUCUCAGGAGCCCGGGGGACAGGCCUGGACAGCUGAGUUAAGAUGCCUGGGCAGUGCCCUCCGGGCCACACGAGACCAGCUGCUGGCCUUCCAUUCCAACUGCCUCCUGAGCGAGUUGGAGGGGUGCAUGAACCACCCGUCACGCGCUGGCAGCUGCUUCCUGCGCCAUAAAGAAGAGUUUCAAUUGUAUGCAACCUAUGCCAAAGAUCACCACAAGUUCCAGGCUGCCCUGGCUUUGCUUCGAAGCACUGGCAAGAAAGGUCUGAUGGAGCCACGUGAGGAUGGACAAAUAGCAUACACUUUGCAGGUGCCUCUAGAGCAACUGGAGCGGUAUCGGCGCUUCCUGGGUGAGCUGCUACAUGAAUGUGAGCUCGAGCAGGGGCCUGACCGCCAAGCCCUACAGGAGGCACAGCAACUGCUGGAGGCACAGGAGCAGCGAGGCAGAGACCUGUUGGCCACAGAACAGAUCCGGGGCUGCGAGAUGAAACUGUCAGAACAAGGGCCAUUGCUUCAGCGUGGUGAACUCAUUCUGUUGUCUGGACGCCGUAAAUGCCAGCGACAUGUUUUCCUAUUUGAGCAGCUGCUACUCUUUACCAAAUGUAAAGGAGCUGAGGGUAGCUAUGUCUGCAAACAGGCCUUGCAGACUGCUUCCAUGGGGCUGACAGAGAGUGUGGGUUCUAGUGGGUUACGUUUUGAGCUUUGGUUCGGAAGGGGACCAGCCCGGCAGGCCUAUACAUUACAAGCAGCUUCUGCUGAAGUCAAGCAUCAGUGGACAAAUAUUAUAGCCCAACUGCUCUGGAGACAAGCUGCCCAGCCAAGUGUCUCAAUGAGCUUGUCCUCCUGCCCUUCUCAGCGCUUAGCUCCUCUGGGCCUUGGCCCUGGUCCCCCUCCUGGCUUGUCACUCCCUGGCCACUUUGAGGAAGAGGAAUGGGACUUAGAUGUCAAGCCCAUCCCGAGAGCUCACACCUCUGGAUCAGAGGGAGCCUCCCCAAGCCACCAUGAACCACUUAGGCAGGGGAGAAGUUCACUGCCUGGCAGCAGCUCUGCUUUAGGACACCCUCAAUCGAGCUUUGGCAUUGCCGGCGAACCAGUGACCCCACUCUGAGAUUGGGGCGGCCAGCGUUGGGUAUGGAGCCUGCAUCGGAAACUCUUUUCUCCAGGAAGCCAUGGACGGCAAGAUUCAGUUCCUAGGGACUCUGGGAACAGGACAGUUUGAGAUCCUUGCAGAAACUUGGGGAUUGGAUGGUCAUAUUCAACAAUAUUGUGACUUGCUCCCACCCAUUUCCUGAUGGCUCUACUACCACUCCACAGAAACAUCUAAAUCGGUCAUAUCCUACUGUGGGAUGUCCAUGUCCUGCCUGAUUACUACUCAUUGAGUGCCUUUUCCGCCAUUUUCUUGGAUUGUGAAUUUCCUGGAGAGUUUUGGUCAAGCUCAUGCUAUUGAUAGUAAGAGAGGCUACCAAGCAAGGAAGCUCAACCAAGAAACUCCCAGGUUUACCCAAAUUAAAAGUUGCUGGGAAAGAGGGAACUUGGUGGGUUUAAUAAUCUUCUGUUGAGGAUCAGAUGUGGUAAUAUCCAUAGUUUAUGGAUCUGUACAUUUAUUGAUUGCCCUAUCGCCAAUCACAGCUUCAGUCUUAAAAUCAGUUGGUAUUUUAUUCUCUCCAGUGGUGAUGAAAUCUAGGCUACAGUUGUUAGGCAACUACAGCAUCCAUUUCCUGAACUUUCUCCAAGGUAAUUUUAGAGUAAAAGAAAAAAAAAAAUGGCAUCUGGGCUAUGUGAUUGCCAUAUAUAGAAGUAAACCCUUCUAAAAUAGGAUCAGAUAGUUUCAGGUGAGUUACUCAAGAUCAGAAGAGUAAUAUGACAAUAUGAGAAUGAUGUACAGUAUGCAUGAUCAUAGACCUUCGCAAGAUAACCAUUUUCGGGGACUGCCACUUUAGAAUGUAAAGGAAGUGCUUGUCAAUUUAAUUUUGGGAUUUUGAGCUUUUAUUUUGCAUCUUAUUUGGUAGAGUAACUGGCACAGCUAGGACAGUUAAGAUAUGUUACAUAUCUAUUUUAUGUUUGCUAAUAUUUCUAUGUAGAGAGUUUUGAUGAAUAGUACUUGGUUAAAGCUAUGCCCCUACAUUCUUGCAGUGUGAAGAGACAUAAGACACAUCAUUGUUCUGUGAUUAUGCUGAGCAUAAGAAAGAGAUCCCUGAACUGCAUAUAUACACCUUUAAUUUUCAAGAUUAAUUUUGAGAUGAUUAAAUAAUAUCACCGCAUGGCUUGUUUAAGGAACAAGAUUUGUACAAAACCAACUCCCAUGUGAAAAUCUAUUACAGUGUGAGUGAAAAUAUCAAAGACUGGGGGAGAGGGAUAGUUGCUUUUCCUUGUAGCAUAAGAUUGGCUUACUUGUUCUUUGCUUUUUUUCACAUGCGGUAUACUGUAAUUCUGAUUGGGGGAAGUAAUCGAUAAAGAAGUACAAAUGGUGCUAUGUUUAGAAUUGAACAAGAGUUUCUAAGUUUUGAGGGGGGAACACUGUGACUGUACUAUUGGAUACAGGUAAUUUUCUUAAUUUGGUAAAUUGAGUUAUUUGGCAUUUGUUCCUUUUUUAUAUGUCCUCUAGGAAUUUAAUAGAGGAUUUUCUUUUAUGCCCAUAUAGAAAAGGCGAUAAAAAUAACUGAGGUGAAUUCAUAUAAAGAUACUUGCACUUGUCUCAAUGAUUUUCAGUGGGAACAAAGAACAAUUCAGUAUUGGUCAUAUCUAUUGUGAUAUUAUUCCUUCAAAAGCAAACAAAUUGUAAGAAGAGGCAAGAAGAUGUAAUGUAGAAUAUAAAUUCGUAACUUUGGUAUAGUGCACCGAUUCUGAACAGUAUUAGUAGACAUUUGAGUAUUGCUAUAAAUACCACUAAGUAUAUUG